CUGUUUUUCUGGGAAAAUCGAUAUUCCACCGAAUCCUACCUCCAUCCUCUUUAAAAGCAUCGUCAAACCAGUUCUUUCAGUACUUUGAUUUGUACAGACUGGACGUAUAAGCAAGCUAUUUACUUGUUCAUGCGCUGGCGCUUUUUGGUGGAUAUAUCUUUGGGUUAAUAAAACCAAAAUGGCGUCACUCGUCAGAGGACUGUCGAGGUUGCCAUUAAACAAAUCGGUAUUUAGGGGAAUUUCUACAUCCUCGAGACUUUCAGCAGUAAAGGAACCCGCAAAUGUUGAUACCGUGACACAUACUGGACAAGUUUAUGAAAAAGAUGACUAUAGAAGAGCAAGAUUUGUUGACAAGGAAAGAUUGGUUAACCCCAACUUUGCCAUAGACUUGAUAGCUGAGGACCCUGUAGUGGUGUGUAACCGUAGAAGGGUUUCCAGCAACAGUGGCGGAGCUCUAGGGCAUCCAAAAGUCUUCAUUAACUUGGAUAAGCCAGAAGUGUCGAUUUGUGGCUACUCUGGUAGGAAAUUCAUCCAGACCAAGUACUACGAUCCAGCCAAGCAUGGGCCCUCUAUAACUUAUGAACAGUACCUUGCAGAGAUGGAGGCUAUAAAAUCGUAAUAUGCUCUUCCGCUCUAAGACUCAGAACUCUUGUUGUGACACGAUGAUGCAUAAGCAGAUGCAAACAUUUUUUGAAAUGUGAGAUCUUUUUUUAUGUUCAAUCUACAGACAUAAAAAAGAUACAAACUUUUAUUAAAAUUGAUAAGCGUUUUGUUAAUUUAGAAAUUUAACUUUUUUUUGAUUAAGCAGAAAUAGAAAAUUAGUUGUAACUGGUAUUUUAAUUAGAUUUUCAAGCUUAUUUGGUAUUUGUCUGGUCAGACAUGUUGUUUUCUUUUGCUAAGUCAUGUUUAAACUGUUACCUAACAAAUUGUUACAAAAUGAUAAACUAUUGUUAAUAUAGUAAAUAAAUUGUAUUUUUUAUUGUAAAAUUUACUAAUUUUUCAGCUGUGUAUAAUAUUGACUCCAAUUUAAAGUAUUUGCCUAUGCUUUUUAAUUUGGAUUUACAUGUUUAUUCAUAGUAGUUCUAAUGCUUUAAAUAAACGUUAAAAAUAAAUUCAACAUGAUUGUUUUAUGAUUGUGUGUCUUGCUUUUAUGGUGACCUAUUUAAAUUCUUGAUCAUUUCCCUUUGUAAGUGUUGAGAUAGGAGAACGGAAUUAGCUAUUUAUAAAACAUGCCUAGUAUUCACCUAUCAAAUAGUUUGUCCAAAGGUAAGGGUCAGAUAAAACUUCAAGCACUAUGAUCCGAAUUGAAGUAUCAGAAAUUAUGGCCUCCGAAUGAGGAGGUUGAUCAGUUAGUGCUUUAUUCAGAAGCCUUUAUUUUAACCGAUCUUUUUCGGAUAUUUUAUAUUUCAGAUGCUGUGUAUAUUUUUUUUGGCUUGAUUAUGUUAUAUGACUGUGUUCUGUCAACUGUAUAUUUUAUUUUAUGAUAAAAAUUAUUAUGAAGAAAGUAAUAAGGAACUGGCAUUUUGUUACUAAAAAUGAAUUAAAAUUUACCUAAUAGUACUUUAUGUCAAUAAAAGUCAUGGCAAAUGUAGGUUCGGAAAUUAAACAAAGUAAUUGCAAUACAUCUCUACUCAGUUUUGUUUAAGAUGACUCAGUUUUUUUUGCAAUUGAAAACAUUAAUUUAUGACUUAUCGUUAUUCAAGGCCAAUAAGAAACUGGCAUUUUUAAGUUAAAAAUAAACAUACAUGUAUUUAACCAGUAUACAUGUAUGUAUAUAGGUUGGAUAUUGACCAUAGUUAUUGAGAUGAAUAUCUACUUUGUUCUAUUUAAUGAUGACCCACUUCCUUAUUCGGUUUGAAUAAGUUAUAUGAAACUGGUUCCUUAAUCUUGAUUUUUAUCGAAUAUUUAUAUUUAAAAAAUACAUUCAAAUGAACGAAAUUGACCAGUAAAUCAAGGAAAUCAUUGUAAAUGUAGAUUGGGUAUCAAACAUAUUUAUUUAAAGUAUAUUUGUUAUUUAAAAGAAAGAUAACCCAGUUCCUUUUUUGUGGCUGGAUAAGGAAAGAGGAACCAGUGUAACAUAUUUUGGAAAAUAUGCCUGGCUACCAACGAGACCAGGGUUAUUUUGUUGUUCCCCAUGGCCUUGAAUUGUGUGCCAAUGUUGAAGGUCGCAGAAUGUACCAUUGGCACCCAAGAACGAGAAAACUCGUUUUUGCAGAUAGAGAAUAAAAUUAAAUAAACAAUACCUAAUUA